AUGAAAACAGUGAGUUCUACUCCAAGGCCUAAACCUGGUCUCCAAUCGAGUGAAGGAAGUAUUUCUCAAUAUUUAAACAAUUAUCACAAGGAUUUGUUGAAACGUAAAAAUCAGUUAAUGAGAAAUGAAAUGGUCAACCACAUUGAUCAAAAUGAAGUGAAUAGGAAUUACAUUAAUAAUAAUAAUAAUAAUAAAUCGAGAGAACAGUUCGAUGCGAUAAAUCACGAUGUUAUUAAAACGCAAAACGUCAUCGAUGCGAGAAAAGAACAAAACGAAGAUGAUAAAGACAAGAAAAAGGAGAAAAAAUGGACUCUGGGAGGUUUCUUUCGAAGGAAAACCAAAAAAGAUUCCGAUGAAUCGUCGGAAGAAUCAGGGCAUGAAGGAAUAAAAGGUUUUUUGUCUCGGAGAAAAUCCAAAAGGGACAAAAGAAAGUUGAAAACCAGAAGCACUGCCAAUAGGUACGACGUAAUUAUACCGCAAGUGAAAGAGUCGGGUGUUGCAAACGGCGGGUUUACGGAAAACGGUAAUGAUUAUUCUCGGAAGAAUAGUACCCCGAGCGAUGAAAAUGCUAAUUUGGGAAUACCGAUUGUCAACGGAACGUGUAAUCAAGUACGUUUUAUUCAUCGCCAUCCUGCGGUAUCCAACAGCGAAAAUUCAAAGCCAAAUAAAGACUUGUUGAAUGUUCCUAAACAUUCUCGGCAAGAUUCCAAUUUAUCUCGCAGCAGUGGGGGAAGUGAGAGUUUGGAAGGUCGAAAAAAUCGUAAAGAAAUGAUGGCUCGUGCCGAAGCUAAAAGAGAUUUGAUAUGCGAUGAAUCCAGUUCCGAAGAAGAAGGAUCCCAUCAUUCUAAUUCCUCGUUGAAUAGAAUGAAUUAUGAUUAUAUGGGAUACAGGCGAUCCAGGCGCCUUGAAAAAAGUAAAAGAUUGUCCAAAGAUGAAAAUAAUUUUAUAAAUAUUAGAGGAAACGAUUUAAGAGUUAUUAAAUCCGAUUUCGAGGGAAGUCGAAGCUUUCCGUCAAACUACAGGUACGCCGGAAGGAGUUCUUAUCGAGAUCCCUCUGAUUACGAAGAAGGAAAAUUAAAUUUAAUAAAUUAUUCGGCCGGCUCUAGUCCGUCAAGAAGUCCUAGAAAUAGAAAAAGACAAUUACGUCAAUAUUUGUCUUACGUUCAAAGUUCUUAUCCUACCAGCACGUUUCCUCCUGGUGUAUAUAACGUUUACCAAACGAGAAACGUUUCCGGAAACGGCACCGUCGAGACCAAUUAUCCGAUGAAAACGUUUUCCCAAAGAAAUCAAAAUACGUAUGACGCGCUUAAAGGGGAUCAACCUUUAAAUCACGACUACUUUUCGAAAUUGCCAAGAAGUAUGAGCGUAACGGAAAAUUUAGCAAAUCAAAGAACGAAAUUAAAUUCCGAAGAAUGUUUGCUAACAACGAAUGAAAAUAAUUUGAAAAAAAGUUUUUCGUCCGAUCACGGAAUUAACAGACCUCUUUAUUACGAGGGAAAAGUCAUGGAGCACGUGCCUUUACCUAUAAUGCCAAAACCUUGUGUUAAAAACGAUUACGUGGAUGACAGAUUAAAAUGCAUGAAUUUGAAAAAUAAAAAUUUUCAAACAUCGAUUAGGAUAAAUAAAACGUAUAACGAACAAAUCAAUGAGCGCAGCCCUUGUUUUGAAACGUGUAAAUAUGAAGUAGCCGAAAAUAGAACGGACUCAACGCCUUCUUAUUCAAGUCAAUCUGGCAGCUUUCCACUGCAGCCAACGCACGUAGUACGAAGAUCUGCGAGCGGAAAUUCCUUUUGCAAUCCAUUUGAAAAUUUUAAUGAUUUAAAUCCCAAUCGUUCAAAUUCUUAUCAACACAUACCAACUUUUUACAAUCAGAGAACGCAAAAUUUUUCUCGAUAUAAACCAAAUAGUGUUUCGCCUAAUGCUGAAAUGUACAGCGCAUCUGCAGAUAGUAAUGAAUCAAAAGUUUUGUUUAAUUCUCAGAGUGAUAACGGAGUCCCUAAGUCACCGGUGGUAAAUGGUGCAGACGCGAAGCCAACUAUUUACAGUUCAAACUUUUUAAAAUUUAUGGCGAGAAAGCCAAAUUUUCAGGGUAAUAAAAUUGAUGAGUCAUCAUAUAAACAACAGCCAAAUCCAAAUUCUUCGAUUCUUCGUUACUACGCAGAUCAAAAUCCCAGGAGUCGAAAUCCGAUUCACAUAACGUGUCAUCCGGCUAUAAAUUCGGAAAAUUCAUAUUUACCAGAAUCUGGGGCGACGAACGCGACGGAAAAUUUACCACCCGAAAGCCCGACCGUUAGCGCUUCCGAAUUUUGGAAACAAAGAGACCGAGAAAUGAUUUUGAAAAAUAAUUCACAGCUGCAUAAUAAUGCGGAAAAUUCUUUGGGAAAUGCUCACUCUCUAAAACCUCCAAUUAAUAGCAAUGCCAUAAAAACUAAUGGGUCUCGAUCGAACAGUCCCAGGUCGGUGGACAUCGUGAUUAAAACACUUGAAAAACCGAUUACCAAACCUGAAAAAGUUAAUGACGUUACCAUAGAUUUAGAAAGAAACGCCGGCGGUUUUCGCGAAAACACACCCGUAAAUAAUACGAAGCCGAAAAUGCACAGAGAGGAAUACAGUGUUGAAAAAAUGAGUAAAAUUCCACCGGAACCUCCCGUCCGGCAAUUAUCGAAAGAAGAUGUUUUAAAAAGACUUCAAAAGUGCCAAAAACUUAAAGAAGAAGAAGAAAAUAAUAAAACGACUAUUACUGCACAAAAUGGAAAUCUUGAUGACGCUCUAAAUGAAUUGGAAGUAAUAUAUAAUAGUUUAAAAUUAAAAGAUGAAGAUCUAGCAGAUAGAGCCGAAAGGCGUGAUUUUCCGGCGUUUCGCACAUGUGACAAGGCAAAAGAAUACGAUCCCGUUGUGACAAUGAAUAGAAUUCAAAGUUUUAAAAGUGAAACGGAUUAUAUACAUAACAAUAAACCGAUUUCUAGGAGCUUUUCGGAGAAUGCUCCGGGAUUAAAAUCAAAAGCCGUUUCACAAAGGAGAUCGGGGAUACCAGAUAAAAUGUGCGACGACAUGGCUUUCAGAAGAUUGAACACAAAGGAUCGUCAAGACAGUAAAAAAUUUCCUUUGCCCAGCUAUUUGCGUUCUAGUUCGGGAUUGUCACCCGUCCUUGGAGUUAGUCCAAACUCUAGAAAAGAAUCUCCGGUAAACGAACCGGAUGUCACUUACGAUGACGUUGUUUUUAGAAACAUUCGUCAUGCUAACAGCACGUUAAAAAUACAAGAUCCUCAACCGCCUUUUGGAAUACCGAUCGGAGUUAUCGCGCCGGCUGCUAAUUCGGAUUAUCUCCACGCGACUCCGAAAAAUAGAUUUCGACCGACUUUUACAUCGAGCAAAACGCCGGAUGUCGUCAAAGAUGAUCUCGCUUUUAGAAAUUUAAGAAAAGAUUCUAAAGCGAGCAGCGAUUUAAAUUUGGGAAAAACGGGAAAUGAUAAUUUUCUAAAAAAAAGAGCCGUUCGAUCUUUGUCGGCAAAUAUAUAUAAUAUAAUGCAUAAGGAAAAUUUAUCGUACGCGGAUGACGAAGUCGACGGCGUCGGCGGUGAUUUAAUUUCGAAAACCAGCGAAAAAACUCAAAGUUUAACCGACCUCACGAAUAAAAGUUGUUUGGAAAAAAGACUGAAAGAAUUAAAAGAGGGGAAGAAUACAAAAAGAGCGGAAUUUUUCGAGGUUUCUCAAAAACCGGAUAAAAUAAACAAAAGUUUAAGCUGGACAAAAGCAUCACAAAAUCCGAAUGAAGCUUAUUCCGAAGCGCCAUCGUCGAGAAGAAGUAAAAAUUCUCUCGCUGGAGCAAACGAUAACAACAACAAACGUAACGAACCUGGAAAAACGGAUUCGAACGGAUGUAUCGAAGACACGGUUAAAAUAACGGAAAAAAAAUUUCGGUCUCCCGUUGUAGAAUUGUCAAAAUAUCCUGCUGCAAUUCCGGCGUCGUCACUUCAGGGAAAUCCAUUUAAAGAAAACGUCGGCGAUUAUUCGGUCGACGAAGAACAAUUGGAAAAUCUUCUUACAGCAUUAGCCAAAGAAGCAAAAAGUGCCAGUCAAGAUUUAGAAAAACAAUUGGACGAUUUGAAAAAAAUGAAAAGGGAAAAUUCAAUCGAUGAUAAUAAUGAUGGUUGCGUCCCACGCACAAAAGAAAAUCAAAUGUCAGAAAUUGUAAUAGAUGUGAAUAAAAAUAAAAAUUCAUUCAACAAUGGUAGUAAAACGAAAAGACGUAGAAAUCUUUCAUUGUCAAACGCCAACGAACCAAAAGAAGAAACAAGAAAAACAAAUUCUUUAGAACGAAGACGAUCGAAAAGACAAAGUCAAUAUUCUACCAAGAAUAAUAAUAAUGAUGAUGAUGAUGAUGAUGAUUUAUUGAAUUUAAUUUCGAAUAAAUUACAUUUGACAAAAUGGAAAUCCUCCGCCGAUGAUUCUUAUCGUGAAAAAGAACAUAAAUCCGGAAAUACACGCCGAGAAGAUUUCAAUGAAAUUCCAAUCGAGCCGAGUGUUAAAGUUUUAGGAAUCGAUAAUGAAAAAAAUAUUAUUUCUUCUAGGAAGGCGGCGAAAAUGGAAAACGUCGUUCCGUCGCCUGAAUCGAAUUCCUUUUCUACGAAUGAUGAAAAACAAACAGGUUUCGACAAAGUGACGACGACGACGACGACGACGGAUUUGUCGGAAAUAUUACACAGCGUGGAAGUGGAACAACAUUUAAACGAAGAAUUAUCGGAAAGCGAAAAGAAAUCGAUUAACGGCUCUGACGCUUGUUUUCAACAAGUUUACGAAUACAAUUGUAAAUUAAUUAAAUCGAAUGAGAAAGAAGAAAAAGUAGACGACGACAACAGCAACAACAACAAAUUAGAAGAAGAAACGUCGAGCGUUAAAAAAUCAUUUUGCAUAAACGGCGGUAACAAUAUUAACGUGACGAAUGUUAAAAAAACGAUCGAAGAACCCGCAUCGGACGUGGAACGAGAAUUUGAAAAAAUUCACGACGAAGUUAAUAAUUUGAGUACAAAAAAAGCCAAAGAAAAAAUGUCGCGCACGAGUGAGGAAACAUUAGCGGCGACAAAAUCGACAAAUUCACGUUAUUCGGCCUAUUCUUUUUCAAAAGAUCAAAAAAAAAUGGAUAUUACCGAUGACGAUAAUAUUAAUGUUGUUAAUAACAAUCGUCGUAAAAGUUUUAAUAACGACUGUAGCGGCAGCAGCAGCAGCAGCGGCAGCAGCAACGACAGAGAAAGAAGAAUCGUCACCACCACCACCCGUCGUCACGAAAGAUGUUGUCAAAGUUCUAGCAAAGGUGAAGAAGGUGAGGUAAAGAAAAUGACGAAUUUAAGUUCUAAUGUUUGGUUAGCAUGUUCGUACGCUCUUGCUUUUGCAUUUCAUCUCCAAGAUUGGGACGUCACGACGGCUCUUGGCAUUGUAAUUGCUGUCAUGUCGAUAAUCGCCUUUUUAGUCUUAUGA